GCGCCGAGGGAGACAGGCGGCAAUGGCUCCUCCUCCUCGCGCCUGACCAGACCAUGCACUCCAGGCUGUUCAAGAGGCUCGCCAAGCGGAUCAUGUGACGGUGGAGCUCUUUUUGCGCGCCGGAGGAAAUGUGGAAGAUGGUGGACGCGCUGCUGCGCUGCUCAGUGCUCCUCGCGCUGGUUCUUCAUUUCGUCGUCAGUGGCUGCUCGGCGGUCAACAUUGAAGGGUCGGCGCUGCUCGAGUUCCAGUCGAGGGUGGAGGAGGAUCCGCAUGGCGCCAUGGCAGGUUGGAGCCAGCUGGAUGGCAAUCCUUGCAGCUGGAACGGCGUCCGCUGUGUGGAUGGCAGGGUUGUGAUUCUGAAUCUAAAGGAUCUCUCACUAAGAGGCACCUUGGGUCCGGAGCUAGGAAAUCUUAAUCAUCUGAGGGCUCUUGUACUCUCCAACAACUUGUUCAGCGGACCAAUACCCAAGGAAAUGCGUACUCUUGCAAUGUUGGAGAUUUUGGAUUUAAGCAACAACAAUUUGACUGGGGAAGUUCCACAGGAGAUAGCAGAAAUGCAAUCACUUAAGCAUUUGUUGCUUUCCAACAAUAACUUUCAAGGGCCUCUGAUCCAAAAUUCCUUCUGGAAAUUUGAUCAGGAAAUUGAUUUUGACAUCUAUGAUGAGAGGGGUGAUGUGAAUCAAAGAUCUGAGAAUAGAUUUGAGUCUGAUUCUUCAUCAGUGGAGAACACAAAAGACAAUAACAAACAUUCUGCUCGUCCUUCACAAUUUGCUGCAAGAAUUCCAGCCAUACAACUUAGCCGGCGCAGACUAUUGGUGGAUACCAAUCUUGCUGCGGCUUUUGUAAAUACUCCUGUUCCAGCUGUUGCUCCUGUUCCUUCUACUGGAACUGGCUCAUAUUCAGCAUUUAAUGCAAACGAUGCACCUCCACCAUUAAGUCCUCCAAGUAGCCCACCCAUGCCCAGCAAUCCUCCAAGAAGAUUCAAGAGAUGGCUGUAUGCCAUUGUGUUCAGUUCAAUUGCUCUGCUGCUUAUCAGCAUAGUAUGCUUGUUUGUGCUAUGCCGCAACAAGUCAGUGGCAACAAUAGGUCCAUGGAAGACUGGGCUCAGUGGACAGCUGCAGAAGGCAUUUGUGACAGGAGUACCCAAGUUGCAGCGCUCAGAGCUGGAAGGUGCUUGUGAGGACUUCAGUAACAUUGUUGCAAGCUAUCCACACUACACUGUUUAUAAGGGAACCUUAUCAAGUGGUGUCGAGAUAGCUGUUGUAUCAACUGGUAUUGUGACUAGCAAAGAUUGGUCGAAGCAUUCCGAAGGGAGAUUCAGAAAAAAGAUAGAUUCCCUCUCACGAAUUAAUCAUAAGAACUUCAUCAACCUUCUUGGAUACUGUGAGGAGGAGGAUCCUUUUAUGAGGAUGAUGGUGUUAGAAUAUGCACCCAAUGGAACACUCUAUGAGCAUCUCCAUGUCGAGGGAUUCGAUCAUAUUGAUUGGACUGGUAGGAUGAGAGUAAUUAUGGGGGUAGCAUACUGUAUCCAACACAUGCAUGAGCUCAGCCCUUCUAUCACACAUCCUGACCUACAGUCAAGUGCGAUAUUGUUGUCUGAGGAUGGAGCUGCAAAGGUGGCAGACAUGAGUGUUUGGCAAGAAGUGGUUUCUAGAGAAAAGAUGCCCAAGAACGAUGACUUUGUUGAUCACCAUGAGCCCGUAUCUGCCGAUCCAGCCGGGAAUGUGUGCAGUUUUGGUCUACUCAUGUUGGAAAUCAUCUCAGGAAGGCCUCCGUAUUCUGAACACCAGGGCUCUCUUGUGAACUUGGCUAUGGAGUGCAUUAAAGAUGACCGGAAUAUAUCAUGUUUUCUUGAUCCUACCUUGAAGGCUCACAAAGAAAACGAGCUAGAGAUCAUCUGUGAGUUAAUCCAGGACUGCAUCCAAAGCGAUCCAAAAAAGAGACCAAGCAUGAGAGUGGUCACCACUAGACUGAGAGAAGUUCUAGCAAUCUCGCCGGAGGCAGCAACGCCGAGAUUGUCUCCACUUUGGUGGGCAGAGCUUGAGAUCCUUUCGGUUGAAGCAAGCUAGGAGAAAAACAUGUCAAUAUGAUGUGGUUCUUACAGCAACUCUGACAUUCUGUUCAUACUGUCAUGCAACCUUGUACAUCUCCUCUGUUGUGCGUUUUUGGCGUUUGUGGUGGGUUCGCUGUCCGUGUUGCGUUUCUUUCUCCCCCCUCCAGUAAAUUUCUUUUGCCGGGUUAAUUGUUUUCUUAUUUCUCUUCUCUGUAUACUAUACAUACAAGGUGUGAAAAUAGAAUGAUUCAGCUUAUCCUAGA